GAAUAUAAUAUAUGCACUAGCUAGCCCAUAGGCUGUUUUUUAUCUAGUUGCAAACACUAGGAAUUAACCCAUGACUAUAAUGGAACCAUCUAAUGAGACAGUUUUUGUCAACCUUUUUCACAGAACUGCAAAAGGCUUAAUAAAUUUUAUGACUGAAAAAAAAAAUGUGUUUGAAGUUUUGAAAGAAGAAGCAAGAAGAACACAGAAAGACAUCACAGAGAAAACAGAGGAAGUAGCAAAGUUAAAUGAUGAUCAUGAACAAGAGCUAAAAGCAAUGAGAGAAGAAUAUCAGAGACUUGAAAAAGAAAAAAGAAAACUUGAAAAGAGCCUGGUAAUACAUCGAUAUAGUAAUGAUGAUAUUGUCGGACUAAAAGAAAAAAGGGAUAAAUUGGUACAGACAUUUGAUUCUGCAAAUUGUGAAAGACAAAAUGAACCAUUGCGGAAAGUAUAUGAUGAAAUGAUAGAUGAAAUUAUGUUGGAGUUUGAAGCCCAUUUAGUAUCUUUGCUAAAGGUUAAUGAAACUUCCAAAAUUCCAGAUACUCCUAAAGACUUGGAUACAAAAGAAAAGUAUAAAAUUUAUGGUCUUCUAAUUAGUGCGUGUAAAGUUAAGACAAUGGAUCAUCUUGAAGCACAGUAUGAAGCUGAUAAUAACCAACCCCAGGAUGAGCAAAAUGGUGCUGAAGUUAAAGAAUCUGCUCAUAAUUGCAGUAAAAUAGAGAAAACUCCAAGUAAAGGCAUAAUUUAUGGUUAUGCUCAAGAUCAAGAGGAUUAUAAGGCAGCAUCAAUGCACCUUACCUUUCAAAUGUUGAAACUUUUACCACCUCUAGUAGUUUGUCAACCGCCACGUUACAAUGAAGACCUUCAUGAUGCUAACAGGGUUACAUGGGAGACAGAACAAGAAGAAGCUGAAUUACAUUAUUAUCGUCCUGUCGUAGUUUAUAGUAAUCACUUUCAUGUUGCUGUUAAAGGACUAGUUGGUAACAUGGAGCUUCAUAAUGGAACAAUUGAUUGCCCUUAUUGAGAAUGAAAAUUAGCAGUGGAAAAGACACAGAGCUUAAAUUAGAUACUGCACGCAAAAUUACAAAUGAACAUACAAUUGAUUUUUUUAAAUGAGCUGAAAAUUCAUCAAUAAAAUUAAGGAGACUUGAAGGCAUUAGAUUUAGCUAAUAUUAUCUGUUUUGAUGUAUUCUGCACCAAUUAGUAUGAUUGGUUAAAAUUUUAUUAAAAGAGUUUAGGGUUUAGAGGGCUGGUGGCCAAGU